AUGCCUUCCUCCUCUGGUGCAUUGCCGCCACAUGAGGCAUCCGAAGCAGUCCUCCAGACCGGUCUACACCACCUCAGAGAACCUAUCGUCGUAACCUUCAUCCAAAACAUAUAUGGCGCCCUUCUUGUCUCUUCCGGGAGUCUCUUCUCGAUCGUGCUCGGUUCUGGAUUUGCUGGGAUCCAGGGCGACAACAAUCCAGGCAUUCAGCGACUCAUGCAAGGAAUGGCAUUUCCAUGGGGCCUUGUGAUGGUCUACUUCGUUGGCGCAGAACUCUUUACCGGCUACCCAAUGUGGUACGCCAUGGCAAUGCUCGAGCGAAAAGGUAGACCUAUGCAAUAUGUCCGUGGUGCGCUGGCCUCUUGGAUCGGCAAUCUUCUCGGUGCACUGCUGUUCAGUACUCUAUUCACCAAAGCCACGGACGUUCUUGAGAACAAUCCUUGGCACUCCGCCAUCGUGCGGCAGGUGACCGAUGACAUUGUCGACAUUUCCUGGCACACCGUCUUUGUGCGUUCGAUCGGCUGUGGGUGGCUUGUCACUAUUGCCAUGUUCCUAGGAACACAGAACAAGGACGGAAUUUCCAAGGCCCUAUGCUUGCACUUUCCUUUCAUGAUCUCGGCGACAGCGAGAUGGCCUCAUACUGUAGAGUAUAUGUAUCUUACCAGCGCAGGUAUGAUACUUGGCGCUCCGCUGAGUAUCGGCGGCUUUUUCUGGAAGUGCAUGCUACCGGUCACACUUGGCAAUAUCGUCGGAGGUGGCUUUUUCACUGGCACAUAUCUUUGGUGGGUGCACGUCGCACUGAAUAGGAAGGGGGAGCUCGACGACGAUGACGAUGGCACGAACCUUCUCGACCAACACGAAUAGGCCCUAAUAUUGAGAAAAUCAGGACUCACUGAUCCUUCCCUCAUUUUGCCAAUGGCAGGAGCAAAUUCUUAUUAUGUCGCCGCUACAUCAGCCCGCACAGCGCAACAGCUACACCACUUCAUGAUAUCGACAUCGACAGCGCCUGCAUAUCAACAGUCAGGUAUCGACACACAUUCAUCAUGGCAUCACAACAUCUUCAAUAAACCGGAGAGCCGACGUCUGCAAACAUCAAAACCACCACUAUGCAUCUUCACGCAAAGGCCUCUUAUUUCCCAGUGUCUCGUCGAAAAGACCAGAAAUGAAGACGCUCCCAGAAAAUUUCACAGAAAAAUCGAGCCGAAGGAUACCGGGUAACCUACUUCUACCAUAUCAGCUAUCGACACGCGCAGGAUCAUUUCCCGCCGUUUGCGGUUCGAGAUGCGCCGCUGUUCGACCGAAGAGACAUUUUUGAAAAUUUCUGUGCAGGGAAGACUUUCUCGACAGAGACUAUAUAUUAUGGCAGAAUAACUUUUUACGAC